AUGCCUGAAGAAACUAUGGAGUCCACUCAGCUAAAAUGGGCCCCUGGCAUGGGUGGUCUUGCUGGCUUGACAUUGCUGUUAUUGUUUUGGAAAAGACACAAACUGCUGGUCUAUCCUGUUCUUGUUCUGUGUGCUGUAUCAGCUGUCCUCUGCAUCAUCACGGCUGUCCUGACAGGCACCCACGUCAUACAGCCCCUGCUCAGCAUGUCCGGCUGCGUCUACACGCGCAAGAGCACCAUCUGUCAGUGUUUGACCCAGUUCCGGAGAAACAAGCUGGACAUUGAAAAAGUCAACAAAGGAGAAGCUGUCUACUUGACUUUUGAGGGUGUACUGAGCUGUGAAGAUAUAAAGGACGCCAUCCCAACAAUGUUGUUUAUAAUGAUAGCCAUUGAUGUUGUUGUGGCCAUAGUCAGCUCAGUAUCUGGGAUCAUUUCUUUCCUGGUUUACAGAACAGAAUACAAGAGGAAAUAUCUUGAGGGAGUAGACUACGACGAUGACAGCACACCCUCCACUCCAAGCACCAGUUCUGAAAACUACACUGAGCAGCAUUCCAUGCUCCCAGCUCAACCGGCAUCAUCCACCACAGCAACCAACGCCACCACACUUGUCAACAUCUACACCAACAACAACGCCACCACCAACGAUGAGGACACAACCAACGACGAAGGUACUACGACCCCGAGUGACUUAAUCUACAGCGCAGCGGACGUCCCUAUGGGGUAUGCUGAGGCUUGCCGUAUGAGACGGUGCCACAGUUUUAACCAGCCUCGUAAGGGAGGUCUGCUUAGAGAGGGCAGCCCCGGUAGUUCCGCAUCAAACCAGACUGAGUCGUCUUUAAUGAGUGGGGACAGAACCACCCCCGGGGCUGUCGGCGGAACUGUCAGAUUAAAAGAACACAGAAAAAAAGGUCGGCGUGCUGUGACCUUACAUGGACUUGACCGUGAACAGCUUAUGCUGAUUCUUAGUUUACAAAUGCGAUAUUUACAAGAGUCUGAACAGUCAGCGAAGAAAGACAACAAGACCAAUAACAAUGGGAUGAAUAAUAUAAACAUGCCCUUAGCAGCACAGCAGAACAAUGCCACAGUGUUGAGUGACUCAAGUCAGGAUAAUAUUGAUUCAUCAUUGAUGUUCACGCAGCUUCAAAGACGAGCGAUGACGCCGACACCCCGCCAGGAGCGACUGUCGAGUAGUCGAACAACGGACGAUGACUUAGACUACAGGCCGGCUAAGUUGGUGCGGUCACACACACCACAGCCGUACCACUUUAAGCAGCAGUACAACUACGACCAGAGCAUGGCGGGGCCGUCCCAGCUUCUACAUCAGAUCCCCCAGUACCAGCUCCAGCAGCUGCAACAGCUUCAGCAGCUGCAGCAUCAACAGCUCUUGCAAAUACAGCAACAGCAGCAGCAACAAAUUCAGCUACAGCAACAAAAAGAGCUGCUGAUUCAACAGCAGAUGUUGAUUCAGCAAAGCCAGCAACCGCAGUCCAGCAUAGCAAACGACGAUAACGAAGAGCCGCUGACCAUGAUUACAUACGACUUGCGGAGUGUCCCAAAAACUGGACCAAUUGUUUACGAAAAUGUCCCAUCAUCACGAACAUCUUUAAGCUACUACAGCCCUGAUGGUUCAUGCUCAUCAAACUCAUCUUCCCUUAUGCGAGGCACUAAUGUACCAAACUCCACACCCCUAAAUCAGGUGGUAUCCCGUCCAUUACCCACAAUGCCAACUACGGCUGAAAACUUAAACCAUGUUAAACUUCUCGGAACAGCUGGCUCCCCGCCAACAAGUUCACAAACCCAAAUGAGUCGUCAGACAUCGGACGUGUCAUCCUCAUCUCAGUCGUGCAACGACACCUCGGUCUCGGAGCCAAAGACUGGCACCAAGUCAAAAGAGAACACGCCAGAAACACAAGCUAAAACUAAAGGAAAGAAAAAAUUAUCCAAGAAAGAAAAGAAUGCCAAGAAAGAAGAAGAAAAAAGUGCUGCUGAAGCAGCAAAGACAGGCCUAGGAAGAACUGAUUCAAACAGCAGUAAAGGCACCGCUGUAUCAGACAGGUGGCAGACGUUGAUGGCGGAUGGAACAACACAGGCCCAAACUCUGUGGGAAAACGUGCAGAGAAAAGUUGUUUCAGAUCCUCAAACGCCAGAUUCAACUUUAACCUUUCCCCAUCACUCGCCUAAAGCUUCGACCACCUCACAACAAACUGGACCAACUAUGCAGCACCAACCAAACACCACACAGAUUGUACCUAACGGAAUUCUUAAAAAUUCAAAUUCCAACCAGUCAUCUCAGAAAACUGGCCAGACUUUUUCACAAUCUACACCAACAUACGGUUCCCAUAUUCAGCACAAUGUACCAUACCCAAAUACAUCCCUUCCUCCAUAUCCUAACCCCAACCCUGUUUCUAUAAGCCAGCAUCAAAACACCUUCAUGCCCAUUGCCAAUUCUUCAACUGAUAACUAUGAAGACAUUGACGAAACUUAUUCUCAAGUUCAGAGACCAAAUUUUGGCCUUCCACAGGAACCCCCGCCCAAACCUGCACGCCUACACAACAUAGUAACCAAACCAAGCAACACUGCUAAUGAUAAUAUGGCAGACAAAAACCAGCAACUGCGGCCUAAGAGUUAUCUGAGCGCUGUAGAAAAGGAAAGCAUGAAUGGGAAUUAUAACAAUCUUUCCAACAUGCAGCGUCCACCUGCGCAGGGGGCAGAACUCCAAGCGUUGACGCAUUUACAAAUGGAAGGGCCGGUCCGUGACAAUAGAAAAAGCAUGGGCAGUGACAGCGAUCAGUUUGUUAUGGUAAAUGGUGAUUUGUACGCCCAACCUCGACGCAAGUCUAACCCGUGUAACGUACCCAAACAUCUGAGCAUGAAUGGGAAUAAACAGAACUAUGCAGGACACAAUGGGGCCCAGAUGCAGCAGUACCACAGUCACUAUUCCAACGGCCAGGUCAACCCCCAGAGGUCAGCGUUCCACUCACUGGGUCACCCCCAUCACAUGCCCCACCCCCUGAAUGUCAACGAGGCUUGCGACACGGACCUAGAUGACCUCCCACCCCCACAGUGGCAGAGACGCUACCUGAGGAGUCAGUCGUUCUCACCUCCCCCGUAUGCCCCACCCCCAGUGUACCAGUCCCUGGAGUCAGUGCACAAGCAUCCAUCCUUAAGGUCAGCUUCAAGCUCAUCCUCUGAACCACACAAUUCCUCAUCAGACAGCUCAUCAAUGCCACUGGAGAGUAUCCUGGCAAACACUAGAACAUCUGCAGGACAAAUGCAAUCAAGGGGAAGGCAGCCAGCCCACAUCAGCGAACGUCGCUUUUGUAUCACAAAUCAGAGACAACUACGUCAGAAUCCAUACUUGUCUAACACACAGCAGCGGCUGAGAGACAUAAAACAGGACCCGUACAUAGACGACGCGGUGGAUAACAUGCAGAGUUCAGUGCAGGAACAACCUUACGUGGCCAUGCGACGGUGCCAGUCUGUGGAAGAAGGCAACAGGAAACGUCUUCCUCCGAAUAUCUUAAACAAAAACAGUGCUCACCACGAGCGAGUCUAUGGUUACAACCAGAACACAGACGCUACCAGAAACUCUGUCAGCGGUGCUAAACAAAUAGGGACCAUAGCGGCACCGGCUAACAUGGUCUUGUCGAUCCACAACAGUAAUGCGCCAAACUUUAACGGUGAUCGACCUGUUCUCCAGCCCAACUGCCAAAAUUUUCAAAAUGAAUUAUACUCAUUCAGCCAGCCUGGCCAUCAGAGGAUACCUCAGUCCCAUAUGACCAAGGCAGACAUUCUCAAUACAUCCAAUGACACAACUUUAGAAUCUCCUGGAAGUGAAGAACUCCCAUCUUACACAGGCAGCAUUCAGCUGGUAGAUUCCACUGACAGUGAUAAAGAUGACUUUGCGGAGACUGUUAUUUGAAAUUUUAUUUCAGCUUUGAAAUUUCUUAAAUACCAGGGGGAAUAGUGCAUUUCUACUUAUUUUUUUUUUAAAUAUUCAAAUAAUGUUUAAAAAGGUAAGUUUAUUUUUGCCGGUAAAAGUUAUGGAAAUUUCUGUUUAUUUUAAGACAGUACAAUAACACAGGUCACAGUGUACUUGAGUCUGAAAUAUUUUAUGGAAUGACCUUCUAGAACAAAUGGCAUUUGUGGUUGAUUUUUUUUUUAUUUCAUGAAGUAUUCAUGUUUUACCAAGUGACCUGCAGAUUUUUUACUUUUUCAUGCAAGUGUUCAUUUUUCACUAUUGGGUCGUUGAAACUCUAUCAUGUUAAGAAAGUGUUCAUCAUUUACUUAGUGGUCUGAUGUUUUGCCACAAAAAUUGGCACUAACUGAUGCUGUGUGAUCCUUAUACUCUUUUUUUUUUUUUUUUAAAUUGGCACAGAGCUGUUUUUUUAUUCAUUUCAUUAGCUUACCUGUUCCAAUUCUUAUGAAGCUGAAAGGUUGUUGAUUCUUGUGAUGUUGUCUUAAGUGCUCUUUAAAAAAAGUUCCUGGGAAAGUCAGCAAACAAGUACCUGUUCAAGUUAAAAACAUGAUUUUGUUUUAAACUAAAUAUUUUUGGAAAAAGUUAAAACCUUUUCCUACAAUCUUUUUUUUUUGGAAAUAGUUCUUCUUCUUCUUCAUUCUUAAUUUUAGUGUUGGAACGGAUCCUUAAAAAGUUCAUAAUUAUUAAAAGUUUUCUUUUGGACAUUGUUCCCAAAUUUUUUUUUCCCCAUGAAGGAAUAAAUAGGACUUACUUUUUUGAAAACUUAUCUUGUAUUUUCAAAUAUUAAAAAAAAACCUGGUUUUUACAAGCAAAUGUAUGUGUUAAAUGAAUUUAAAAACUCAAAAGUAUAAAUAUCUUGUUUUACUUUAUAGAUAUUAAAAUAAUUUGUAUUGACAACUGUAAAAUCAAAAUUUGAUGUAUUUCUUUUUGUUAAAAAUGUACAUUUUUAAAAAAUACUUUCAUAACGCUAUGCUUCAAAGCCUUACUUCCAUAUUUGCAUUGUUUGUUGUGUCAAAUGUAUUGACCAAGCAGUAUUAACACUGUUAGACUUAACAUUACCUGUUGCCUGUUUAAUAUGUACACAACUCAACCAAACCGUCUGUACACUCAUCAAGUGAUACAUUUCUCAGAGAAAUCCUCAAGCAUAAAAUACAGUUCAACUUUUUAUUUUACUUUCUAAUACACAUUUACAUCGUAAAUAAAUGUUCAUAUUUAUAAAAAAUAUUCCCCUGAUGUUGCUUUACAUUUUUUACAGAGAGAGAAAAAAGGGUAUUUAUUGCAACUGUAAAUAUAAUAAACAAUUUGCCUUAUAUUUUUCCUAUCACUGUUCAAAUUUCUGUUUUUAAUAAAAAUUAUUUUUAUUGUUUUGUUGAAAUACUCAUCAAACAGAUGAGCUGUUUCAUUGCCCAUUUCUAAAAGUUGUUUAAAAUCAUGUAAAUAAAAUAAAAAUUAUAAAAUAAAUGUACUGUGUAUUUCUGAAACUAACUUGGUCAGUGUGAAUAACAAGAUAUGCCCCAAACAAAGAUGACUGAUGUCAAAAGCCAUUAAAUCAAUAUUUUUAUUUUAAGUUGAUUAAAGUGCCAUGGCAGAAAUUGCCAGUUGAUGAUGUGCCUUUAAAAAUAAACUUGUCCAGAAUCUACAUUAUGCAAGUGGUUACUUACCCAUAAAUUUCUUUUUAGAUACUUUUCCCACCAAUUUGAUAAUAAAAUAUUCAGCUGUUUGACUGUUUUAUUAACACAAUAAACAAAUGUAAAUAUUAUCUUUAAAAUAUGAUUAAAUGCUUAUUUUGUUCAUUGAUUUAAUUUAUAUUAUUUUUUUG